UGAAUAUCUCCCCAUUUUAAUGUAUUUAUAAUUAUAUAUAUAUAUAUAUAUAUAUAUAUAUAUAUAUAUAUAUCCUUCUACAUAUAUUCACAAUUUGUAGGUAGUACAAGAACUGAAAAAUAAUUUUUGGUUGCCAGUAUACCUGUAGUCGUUGCACUGAUCAGUCGAUAGUUUUGUGAUAAAUUAUUUCUCAAGUGAAUUAAAUUAUUAACCAUGGGACGUGAUUCUAGAAAGGUUUCAAGAGAACUUCGGAGUUCUGAAAAAAUUCAUAAGUCGCGUUCAGUCAAAAGAAAGAAUGUUUUUAAUCCGAAAACAGCCGAACGUGAUGAAAGUAUUCAGAGUACAUCUUCUAAAAAAUUAAAACAAAACACUGAAGAUGAUGUACCUGAAGACAGCAGUACUGAAUUUCGAAUAAUAAAUUUUAUUCAGGUAUUCACUGCAAUUUCUGCUCUUAUAAAAUGUAAAAAAUGUGAUGGAAAUGUAGUGUUUCAAACAGCAAGUACACGUGGGCUGGGAUUCAAAAUUGUAGUUGCAUGUAAUAACUGUGGAAAUGAAUAUAUUCCUUCCUGUUCUUUCGUUGGGCAUUCUUAUGAAAUAAACAGACGUUUCAUUUUUGUAAUGAGAAUACUAGGAAUAGGAUACGAAGGAUUGUGCAAGUUUUGCGGCCUGAUGGACAUGCCGUCUUUUUUAGAUAAAUCUACGCAUACAAUUUUACUGAAACAGAUUUUGAAUUGUAGUAAAGCCGUCGCAGAAACCUUCAUGACGAAAGCUGUGAAUGAAGAAAAGCAAGCAAUGCCAACAACUGAAAAUGAAGAUAUAAAUCAUCUAACUGUAUCGGGAGAUGGAACCUGGCAAAAACGGGGAUAUACAUCGUCAUUUGGAGUUUCUUCUAUAAUUGGCUAUUUUACUGGAAAGAUUCUUGACAUAAACAUUAAAAGUGCAUAUUGUAAGCUAUGUGAGUAUUGGAAAAAAAAAACAAAUACUGUUGAGUUCGAGGAAUGGUAUCAAUCGCAUGAAGAUGUGUGUUCUGCUAAUCAUCAAGGGUCUUCUGGGAAAAUGGAGGUGGAUGCGAUGGUCGAAAUGUUUUCGUAUUCUGAAACUAAAUAUGGAGUUAAGUAUGCCAACUAUAUUGGUGAUGGUGACUCCAAGACCUAUUCAGGAAUUAUAAAAUCAGAUCCUUACGAAAAUACAACUGUAAAUAAAAAGGAAUGUAUAGGGCAUGUCCAAAAGCGGAUGGGGAGUCGAUUACGUACGCUGAAGAGUAAACAAAAAGGUCUUGGUGGUCGAGGUAAGCUCACAGGAAAAUUAAUAGACAAACUAACUGUGUACUAUGGUUUAGCAAUACGCCGGCAUUGUGAUUCUAUUGAAAAUAUGAAAUCUGCUAUAAUGGCAACCUUUUAUCACUACGGCUCGAGUGAUGAAAAACCGAAUCAUGAUAUGUGUCCAAAAGGCGAAGAAUCUUGGUGCUCUUACCAGCGCGCUGAAGCAAGAGGAGAGCUUGAUACCUUUUCUCACGAUUAUUCUCCUUUACCUUCUGAUGUUUUAAAAGCUAUCAAGCCUAUAUACGAAGAUCUUAGUAAUGAAAAUUUACUUUCAAGAUGUGUAGGUGGAUUCAAUCAGAAUAAUAAUGAAAGCUUUAACCAACUAGUAUGGAAAAUAUGCCCAAAAACGGUAAAUACUAGUUUUACCAUCGUACAAAUAGCUGCAUACGUUGCUAUGUGUAUAUUUAAUGAGGGUAUAAAUUCAUUAUUAGUCUUGAUGAAUACACUAGGACUUAAUUGUGGGCCUAAUUCUCAUCGGUAUGCAGAAAGAAUGGAUGCUGCACGUAUCAAAGUAGCAGAUAAGCGCGCUAAUGAUAACACCCGAGAAGGUCGAUUGCAACGUAGGCACCAGCAAAUCGAUAUUUUGGAAGCUGCUAUGUCGGCUGAAGAGCUAUUAUAUGGUCCAGGAAUAGAUGACUCAGUAUGAAUCUCCAAGGACUUAUGAUGAUCACCGCAAAGGACUUCGGGAGGAACGGGCUCUACAAAAACAGCGAUAACUUUUUGAAUUAUUAAUUUUUUUUUUUGAAAUUUUCGUGAAGUCAAAUCGAAACGUGUUCUAAUAAAGCUAUGUUUUUAUUUUUGUCAAAUAAAGUAAUUAACUACAAAAAAAAAAUUAUUGAAAAUCAUCAUUUUUUCAUACC